GAUCUCGGAGAUUCGGUGCGGCAUGGCGCCAUGGCAGCAACCUGUAGUUGGAUGCCAGCCUGUACAAGGCCAAUCGCAGUCGUCAAAAGGGAAACCAAGCCAAUCGCAGGGUGGAAUGGUCGACGGCGCAAUGCCAGGACUGUAUGGCCAGUCUUUAUCUUCCUUGCCAGCCGAGGCCGGCCCAGUGCCAAAGUUGCGCGAAAAGGCCAACCUAGCCUGCGUGGCCAUUGCGUGCCAAUUGAUGAGCAUUCGUACAUCCCGGUGCCCCCAGAGGUGUUGCGACAGAAGUUGGAGCAACGAUUGGAGGAGAAGGCAGUGGAGGAGUGGCAAGGGGUAUGCACGACGUUGCAAGAAUUGGUGCACGAGGAGCUGCGAGAGUUGCGGUGGACUUUGUCGGAUUCCUAUCAGCCCUUCGACCCCGCGCGACGUCGCUGGGUGGGCUCUUGGCCUUUGCCGGAUAAGGAAGAGCGCUUUGCCCGGCAAUUUCUUCGUGCUGCCUCGCUGGCGGGCUUCACACCGCUCUCACGCUUUGACCUGGAGAAGACGAGAGAGCUGAAGGCAGAUCUUUUGUCGCUGCCGGUGACCAUCAACUGGGAUCGCCUUGACAGUCGUUGGAUCGAAUCGUUGUUGGAGGAUGCGGAGGAGGGAUCAGUUGGAUCAGUUCCAGAGGCGCUGAGUGACUUCGGUGGCUACGUCUUGGCGUUGAAGCGGGGCCUGGCGGUGGAGCGCUGCAGUGGCCGGCUUCUGAUAGAGAAGCUUGAGUGCCUCCAGUCACAGUGGCUGUUGAGUGUUGGCAGCCUCCUGCAGUCGUUGUUGUACAGAAUCUCACGGCUCGCAGUCGAGGCCUGGCGUACAGUGCUCCCGGCUGCGAGGGGCUGGGCAGAGUCGCCCCGCGGCAAGGCCUUGCAGCAAAGGCUCAGGCGAUUGAAGGCGGCGGCGACACGUGGGGUGCACUUGGCGAAACAGCUUUGGGAAGCUGGUCGCAGCAUUCGAAUGCGCAUCUCUGGAAUGCAAGUCUUGCGUCGCCUUCAACCAAGCUCUUAUCGCUAUGCUCAGUGGCUCUUUGGAGAUGUCUUAAAUGAGCGGUGGUCCACCGAACGUGCAGCUCUCAUCAAGCGCUUGGCUCGUGCCUGGGAGCAAGAGGUCGCCCUCCGUGGCCAAAGUCGCCACCUGCCGGUGACCGCGGAAGUGUGGAAAGCCGCCAAAGAGCAAGGCAACUUUUUGGAGCGAGUGGCCGUGGAGCACGUGACUUCCUUUAACUUGACCACGUUGCUUCAGCAUGCUGAGUUGCAGGAGCCGCAAUUUCAGGAAAUCCUGGUGGCCUAUCGCUUGAAGGGCGAUACAGACUCAGACUACCAGCCCCCGCCACGGCGACAGAUUUGCGUCCGGCGGUUCUUUGAAGUGGCCAUGAAGGACAUAAAACUAGUGAUGCCGCAAGAAGCAUGGCGAGUGCGUGGUAGACCAUUGGACAUGAUCAGGGUAGAUCUCCUCACAAUGGUGGGCCUUCUCAGCGUAUUUUCCCACAUUCUGGCGAACACCAAUAAGUGGCUGGCAGUAGUGCCGGUGGUUCUUUUGAGUGCCCGCACCUAUGCCAACUAUCGGAGAGUGAAGGUUGGUUCGAAAUCUCGGAUCGCUUCGAUGCUCUUCGACCACUGCUUGGACAAGGAUGCUGCUUUGAUUCGGCUGUUGCCAGAUUCUGCUGAAGCACAGGUCUUCUCAGAGUGUGCCCUUGCAUACUGGUCUCUACUGGUUGCCUCUUCGGAGCGGCCGGAGGAGUCUCCAAUCAUCGGCCGCGAGGAGCUUAGUUGGCGUGGUGCAGAAGUCGUUCGCCAACUUGUCAACGAGGUGGAUUUGCCUGAGGCAGGGAUCAGCCCAGACCUCGAAGAGGCCUAUGAUCGCCUCGCUCGCUGGGGGCUGGUCAAGGUGCAAGAAGAUGGCUUGCAGCUCACCGCGGGGAGGCAGCCGACGGCAUUUGCCUCCGGAGGUCGGGGUUCGAUUUUCUGUGAUAUUUAGUGGGCAUCCCGGGCAUCCUGGGCACCCUAGACGGUCAGACCGGUCAUGUGAUGCCUGCUUUGCGCCGACAAUCCAACCCCGCCAGGUGAGAUCUCUUGGGAAGGAAUGUAGAUUCCGCCGCAAGAAA